UUUGAGGAACUGUUCAUCGUGGGAUUAGGGAGAAGAGUUUAUCAGUCAUGCAGUGCCUUCUGUUGGCCGUAUGAAGUGAUAGGUUAUGCACGGCGUAUUUGCUGCCGAACAUCCCUGUGCAAUGCAAAUUAUGAGACAGCUACUCAGUAUCCGUUCACUCCAACCAAUGUAGCAGUAAUUCAAAAUCCCACGCUUGAACAAAGUACGAAAGGAUUUGGAAUGGCGAUUCCCAAAGCAAUUGAUUCUGCUGUUGCCUUUGAUGUAAUGAACAAAAACACCACUCUAACGGAUGCUCGUGACACAACCAUUCGUCUCGACUAG